AUGGACCCCAAAGCCCCCGAAGCAGGCGCGGCCGACGCCGGACCGUCCAAGAGCGCCCUCAAGAAGGCCGAGGCCAAGGCCAAGAAGGAGGCCCUCAAGGCCCAGCGCGCCGCCGAGCGCGCCGCCACCCAGGUCGCCGCCAUCCAGCUCGACGACCCGUCCAAGGACUUCUACGGCCGCGUCACCCCCACGUCUCCGGCUGCUUUCUCCCCCGACGCCAGGGAGGCCCACCUGCGCGACCUGGGCGCGGAGCACGAGGGCAAGAGCGUCAUCAUCCGGGGGUGGCUGCAGAACUCGCGCAUCCAGAGCGCCAAGAUGGCCUUCAUCGAGCUGCGCGAGGAGGGCAACUGGGCCGUCCAGGGCGUGGUCCUGGCCUCGGCGCCCGACGCCCCCGAGGGCACGCACCCGGUCAGCCGGCCCAUGGUCAAGUACAUCGGCAGCACAAACGCCGAGAGCUUCGUCGCCGUCGAGGCCGUCGUCAAGAAGCCGUACGAGCCCGUCAAGAGCUGCCGCGUCGCCGACUGGGAGCUGCACCUGACCCGCUUCUUCCUCGUCGCGCCGGCGCCGGCCAUGCUUGGCUUGACCAUGGCGGCGGCGAACAGGGCCGUGACCAACUUUAGCGACGAGGAGGUCAAGCCGGCGGCCGAGGGCGAGGAGGCUGCGAAGCCGGCCGAGGCCGCUGCCGAGAGCGGCCCCGCACCGGCCGCCAGCAUGCUUACCCACCUCGACAACAUUGCCAUGCACAAGCGCGCACCCGUUCAGCAGGCCAUUGCCGACAUCCGUAUGGAGGCCAAGCACCUCUUCCGCUCGUACCUCCGGGAGCGCGGCUUCAAAGAGUUCGAACCCCCCUGCCUCAUCGGCGCCUCCUCCGAGGGCGGUGCCAACGUCUUCCGCCUGCCAUACUUCAACCAGGAGGCUUUCCUUGCCCAAUCACCACAAUUCUAUAAGCAAUUCGAGAUUGCUGGCGGAAGGAAGCGCGUGUUCAGCAUUGGUCCCGUCUUCAGGGCCGAGAACAGCAACACACCUAGGCACAUGACGGAGUUCACCGGUCUUGAUCUGGAAAUGGAGAUCAAGGAAGACUACACAGAGGUCCGCGAUAUGCUCGAGGGUGUCCUGCUGCACAUGUUCCGUAGUCUUCAAGAGAACUGCAAGGAAGAAAUCGCGCUCGUCCGUUCGGUCUACCCCUCUGAGGAUAUCCUCCUGCCGGAGCCCGGCAAGGAGGUUCGCCUGACCUUCGCCGAGGGCCAGAAGCUACUCCGUGAGGAGGGGCCCGAAGAGUUCCGUAACGUGUCGGACGACGAGGACAUGUCUACCCCGCAGGAGAAGGCUCUCGGCGCCCUGGUCCGCAAGAAGUUCAACACCGACUUCUACGUGCUUGACAAGUUCCCCGAGACUGCCAGGCCUUUCUAUGCCAAGCUCGACCCUCUUCACGAGCCUAAGGAGGGCGGCGCGAAGCUCUGCCUAGCUUACGAUUUCUGCCUCCGAGGGCAAGAAAUUCUAUCCGUGCGUCCUCUCCCACCCUUUCGUUACAAGUUCGAGACAAACCAGCUAAUACUUGAGUCUUACCAGGGUGGCCAACGUAUCAACGAUCCAGAUGAGUUGGAGGAGCGCAUUCGGGCCAAGGGCAUCGACCCCAAGAGCCCCGGUAUCUGCGACUACGUCGAUGUGUUCCGCCAGGUGGGCGUGCCGCCUCACGGCGGUGGUGGUAUCGGACUGGACCGCGUGGUGGCCUGGUUGCUUGCUCUACCGAGUGUUCACCUUGCCUCUUACUACCCGAGAACUCCAAAGAGGUUGCUGCCGUAA